CUCCAUACAAAAAACUGACUAGAAUCGCGAAGGGCCCAACUGUUAGAUUUUAGGAAUAUGAGUGCUGAGCCAUGUCCACAGGACUGGAGGGUAAGAUAUGCAACUCCUCCCGAAGAAACACCAGAUGCAAAAAAGAAACGUCUACAACGCAAACGAUUGGUGAUACUUCAGGUCCGGAACCAUCGGAAACAAGGACAAACGAUCGUGACGAGGAGCCGUGUACUCAGGACUGGAGGGUAAGAUAUGAAACUCCUCCCGAAGAAACACCCGAUGCAAAAAAGAAAUGUCUACAAUGCAAAAGGCAGGCCGAGUACCGCCAUCGUCGACGGACAGUUGGUGAUAGAACAGGUCGGGAACCAUCGGGAACGAGGACAAACGAUCGUGACGAGAAUCCUUCUUCACAUGAAUUGCAGGUUGCUCCAUCAGAAGAUACGCAUGCUGCUCGAUCACAUCUUCAGAUUUAUAGAGAGAUAGUAAGUAUAUCAUAAGUCAAUCAUUUUGCAACAGCUAAAAAUAAGAAAACUUAUUAAUCUUCGCCAUACGCAGCAGACAGAACUCGUUCUUCCGCUUCGCCAACGAUGGGAAGCCUUUACACGGAAACGAAUCCAAAACAAAUACGGAGCACGAACACUAAAUACUGGGCUCGGCUAUCACGAUAACUAAAACUACCCUAUGCAUCAUAAACUAAACGCUCGCACACCGUGCCCAUAUUGCGCGGCAGAAAAAUGGACUGGAGAGACUGGAACAUUGUGCUGUAAUGGUUGUCAGGUCAUCUUGUCACCAUUUCAAGAGCCUCCAACUGAGCUAUCUGAACUGUUUGACGAUGUAGAAUUCAUGCGAAAUAUUCGUGUAUACAAUAACGCAUUCGCCUUUACGUCCAUGGGAGCAUCAAUACGUGCAAAUGAUCAUGUGCGUCAAGAUCGCUCCGUCGCCAACGGUAGAGGUUCGUUCCGUACGUUCCGUAUCCAGGGUACUCUGUGCCAUCGAAUUGGUGUGCUGGUCAUGCCAAGUCCCAGGUCAUUCCCCAGCAUAUGCAGAACUUUAUUUCAACGACACGCGUAUAGCAGAGAAUCAGAACAAUGUUAUCGAAGCACGAGUUGCUUUGAGCAAUAAGCUAGAUCGAAUGAAAGUGGCAAUUCUACAGCGUAUAUUUGAUGCCGAUAACUCCUUGGCUCACCUGUUUCGUCACGCAUAUGAACGUUAGACGCUACAACAAAAUGUCCAGCUACACAUUCACGCCCGCUUGCCGGUCCUCGAUCAGGGUCGCUACAACAGACCAACCGCCGAAGAGGUCGGUGGUAUAUUCCUUUAUGGAGAACAAGGACAGUCACGUGAUAUCGUUUUACAUUGGCGUGCCUCUGGCAACCUCAGCCGUGUUUUCGAAUCACAUCAACUAUAUGACCCACUAGCCUAUCCGCUCCUGCAUCCAUACGCAGAAGUUGGGUGGACAUAUAAUAUUUUACCAUAAAAAUAAUAGAUCAUGGCAGAUUACGCCUCGCGAAUAUGCCACUUAUCGGAUGUGUACAAGGGCCGGACAAACAUCACUAAUCCAAAGUGCAGGACGGCUUAUGCAACAGACGCUGUUGAUCAAUGCUGUAAGAUCGAAAAACAGCGGCUCAAGUUCCAUCGUGAACAUCAAGCGCAGCUGCGUGCCGAUGCAUACGGUGGCAUAAUGGAUUUUGCUGGUCCAAUCGUCAAUCCGUUACCGGAAGAUCCGCUCGAACACGACCGAACACUUGGGCAAGCGGGCACACGCAUUAUUCUUGCCUCAUCUUUCCCCGGCGGCGAGUGCUAUAUGCGCGCCCAAUAUCAAGAUUCGAUGGCCAUUGUAAGAGCUAUUGGAAAGCCAGAUUUAUGUCUGGCAACCCUGUCACUUGCAACCCGAAAUGGGUAGAGGUAUCUGAAGCUCUGUUUCCACGACAACAUGCCGCAGAUCGACCAGAUCUGGCGGCCCGUGUGUUUCGACUGAAACUGAAAUCCAUCUUGGAUGACCUUUCGGCUGGAGUUCUUGGUUAAGAGAUUGCACGCAUUCAUGUUAUUGAAUACCAGAAGCGUGGCCUUCCUCAUGCGCACUGUUUGCUGAUGCUUGCUGGAGCGGACAAGCCACGAUCGGCGGUUGAUUAUGACCGUUUAGUCUCUGCAGAAAUCCCGGAUCCAGAAAACGAACAACUUUAUCAAACAGUACGCAUGUGCAUGAUGCAUGGACCAUGCGGUAGAUCGAAUCCGGAUGCACCGUGUAUGUAAAGAUGGUGUAUGUUCGAAAAGGUUCCCGAAAAAUUUCACCAAUGAAACAAAUCAAGCCGAUGACGGUUAUGCAUUAUAUAGACGACGCAACGAUGAGCGUACUGUAACAGUAAAGGGUGUACAACUGGACAAUCGUUAUGUUGUACUCUACAAUCCGUGGUUGCGUCAUAAAUACGAUUGUCACAUAAACGUCGAGGUAUGUUCGUCGGUGGCCAGUAUUAAGUACCUUUACAAGUACGUGUAUAAGGGACACGACCGAGUAGUAAUUGCGCCAUCUAUAUCAUUGAACGAGAUACAAAAAUAUCUUGACGCUCGGUACAUACCAGCAUCUCAGGCCAUGGCAAUCAUUUUCGGUUUUGAGAUGCAGGCAAACACAGUCACUGUCGUCGUACUACUGAUACACCUCGAGAACCAGCAGGGAAUCGUCUUGAAUUCGAACGAAAACAUCGAAUCUGUUAUCGAAUGAGGCCACCACACAAUGCUAACGCGCUUCUUUCAGCUGAUGGCAAACGAUCCUUCCGCGCGAAAUCUCACAUAUCAAGAGCUACCGACGUACUUCCGAUAUGCCAGGAUGUCAGUGGAUUCAACGCAUUCGUGAGGCAAGCAUCGUGAUUGGUCGUAUGGUAUACUGUCCGAUGUCGCAGAUGGAACGGUACUGCUUGCGGUUGAUGCUGUGCUAUCGCAAGGGCUCAACUUCAUUUGAAGACCUUCGGACGGUUGACGGUAUCGUUUAUGCGUCUUACCAUGAAGCAGCUACUAUGGCUGGGCUGCUAAAAGAUGACCAUGAAUGGGAUCGGGCAAUGCAGGAAGCCGUUUCGUUCCAUAUGCCAUCUCAACUGCGCAAUCUGUUCGCAAUCAUCCUUUCGCAACAGUCACAAAAUCCUCGCCGCCUGUGGGAGUCGUACGUGUUACAUUUAUGUGAGGAUUUCCAUUGGCAGCAUCGAGAGCGUUAUACAACACAGGGCUCUGAUCAAAACAUGCUGCUGCGUACACAAGAGCAAUGUUGUGCUCUGCGCGUCAUCGACAGAUACUUGCGCCAAAUGACACCAUCAAAAACGCUGACCAACUUUCCAGACAUGCCACAAUUGGCUGAUUUUCAACAUCUUCCGAUCCACCUUCAAUCCGAUCAGCAUAACGAUGUAAAUUCGCACAUCGAUGCAAAACGUUUGUAUAGUAUCAAUUUACUAGACGAAACGCUUGCAUCGAUAAAUCUACUGAAUGCCGAGCAACGAGUGGUGUACGAUAUGGUCACUGCCGCGGUAGAUCGUAUCGGACCAGAGACAGAAGAUUUUCCAGAAGUCCAGAAGAAGCAUUACAACCUUUUCUUUUUGGAUGGUCCUGAUGGUACAGGAAAAUCUUUCCUCUUAGAGAAAAUUCUGGCGUAUACGAGGCGAAAGUCAAAGAUAGCUUUGGCUGCAGCUGCGAGCGGUAUCACCGCGUUACUUCUGACUGGUGGUAGAACAGUGCACACAACUUUUAAGCUGCCACUGGUGCUGGAGGAGUAUAGCAUCUGCAACAUACCUACCCGCGCUACCCAAUUGUCGCUUGCGGACCUAAUGCGGCAAACCUCGCUUAUCGUCUCGGACGAAGCUUCGAUGAGCAGUCGCUUUGCUCUGGAAGCAGUAGAUCGUAGCUUACAAGACAUUGUAGGUGUACAUCGGCCGUUUGGUGGUAAGGUGGUACUGCUUUGUGGUGACUUCCGGCAGAUUUUACCUAUAGUCCCGAAAGGUACCGAUGCACAGGUAGUUCAGCAAUGUAUUAAGAAAAGUCCAAUGUAGAGGCUGUUUCGGGUUUUGCGGUUAAAAACCAAUAUGCGCGUUCGAACUGCGCCUACCGUACAUAAUGCCAAUGACCUACAACAAUUUGCUGAUUUUCUACUCUGCAUCGGUGAGGGUCGCCAUUCCACAUAUCCAGGAAUGCACGCCUCUGUAGCAAAGCUUCCGCACGAUAUGGUGUUACCCCACUCUUCCAGCAUUGAUGCCGACGUGAGGAAUUUGGUUAAGCGAGUUUAUCCGAACUUACGUUGACAUUAUCGAAAAGCAGAAUAUUUCACAGAUCGAGCAAUACUGUCACCAAAAAAUUCUGAUGUGACAGCUAUCAACAACAGUGUGUUGGAACAAUUACUUGGCCUGGUGCAGGAGUAUCUUUCGGUAGACACGUUGGUCGAUUCUCGUACAGUUGACAAAUGUAGAGUGUGUCUGUGCAUCUGUAGCUCCGUGUUGAAUCGGCUUUUUAAGUGUGAAUUUGACGAGAAGCAUCCAAUCAGUUGUUGUUAUUAUGACCCUAACUGAAUGGGUGUGGUAAUUAAUAUAUAGUUUGAUGGUAUAAGGAUAAGUAUUUGUUUACGUUUUAAUUUAUUGUGUGUAGCUGUUGAGUCAACGAAGAAGCGUCACUUACGGAUGCGUUCGGAUAUUUUUAUAUUUAUUUGCCUGUGUGUGUGAUAUUCUUGUGCUGUGAAGUGUAAGGUAAGGUACGUGUCAUGGAGUGCGUAAAGUGCUCCGGACACAUACUUGCCGGUGACUGUCCGUUGGUGUGUGUGGGUUGCGACCAAGGCUUUCACGCAGAUUGUACGAAAGUUAGUAGAGUGGCUGCGCGUAUGAUAAAUGAAUCGACUAACAUCGUUUUCUGUUGUGACGCGUGUGACAAAAAGAAUUUAGGGAGGAAUGAUUUGGGUAAAUGCAAAGCGAUGCUAGAUGCAGGCUUUGAAACCCUCAUGAAAGAAUUUGCUCUUAAGUUUGAGAUACUGAAAUCCGAUUUAAUUGAGGCGCUUAAUGCUAAACUCUCAGUUGCCAAGUGCGAGCGUAGUGGUAAGGUAAAUGUGAUACAAGUAGAAAAGCAAGUGGCAUUAAAUAAUAUGGGUGAAGAUUGCUCUAAUACAUGCACGCCAAAUAAGAAUUCCCAACCAUCAUUGCAAACAAGUUCUGGUAUGCAAUCUACUUCGUAUGAAAACGAAUGGGUUACAGUGCGUAACAAACGUAAACGCACCAAUAGUCCAAACUCGGACAUAAUAACACCAGGCGCCACGAAGAAAAUAGCUGAACGAAAAAAUGAGUUAAAUUUGAGAAAAAAUGUGCGUGAUAAUGUUGAUUUCAAAAUUAAAAAACUGUCUGACGUUCAAAGCUGUAAAACCCUAAUUGUAAUCCCUAAAAAGGAUCAGUCAUGUGAUAAAACGCGUUUGGAUUUAAGGGCUGAAUUAAAUCCAAAAGAACAUAAAAUUUUGAAUUUCAGAAACGGUAAAACAGGGCAGAUUCUAAUUCAGUUUGAAUCGGAAAAUGAACACGAGAAAGCUAAACAGGCCAUAGAGACAAAACUAGGAUGUUCGUAUACAACCUCAGAUCCUUUAAGACGAUUCAGAGUGUCUGGUAUGAGCAAAAACCUCGAAAAUGGGGAAAUAAUUGAUUUGAUCAAAACCCAAAACGAAGGUAUCCCUGGUAAAUGUAUCAAAAUCUUAGGCCGAUAUGAAAACAAGUCUUUUAAAUAUCAGAAAUAUAAUGUGCUGAUGGAAGUGGAUUCCGCUACAGCUCUUUAUUUUACAAAAAAGAUAAGGUUUAUAUCGGAUUUGAUCGCUGUCUAGUGAAAGAGUCCUUCCAUGUAAUGAGAUGUUACAAAUGUGGACGCUUUGGACAUAAGAGUGUGGAUUGUAGAAAUGAAGUUGCAUGCUCGCGUUGCAGUGACAAUCACACAACGGAACAGUGCACAAAAGAUGCUAAUUUGUUUAAAUGUAUAAAUUGUAUUGUAGCAAAUGAGAACAGGAAAUUAAAAUAUAACAUUGAACAUGCGGCUAAUAGUUACCAGUGUCCUUGUUAUAAGAAGCUAAAACUGAGGAAUCAAGAACUAGUUCAAUAGCAAUUAACAUCCACCAUGAAACAUAAAAAGAGUUUUCCUUAUGUAUACUUAAAUAUUGGAGGUCUGUCUUCUAAUUACAGUAUGCUUAAAACUAUGGUUGACGAAAUACAUCCCAUACUAAUAUUUCUAUCUGAGACUCACAUAGUUGAUCCGGAAGCCUUCGAACAAUAUUCGCUAAAAGGCUAUAAUACAGUUUCAUGUUUAUCACAUUCUAGACACACUGGUGGUGUAUCAAUGUAUAUACAUAGCUCAGUACAAUUUAAGGUGCUCCUAAAUGAAGCGAAAGAAGGUAACUGGUUCUUAGCAAUUUCAGUUUUGAAAAAUACUACAAAAGCAAGGUACGGCCUAAUCUAUCACUCACCCAGUUCGAGUCCUUCUAGGUUCCUAGCUAUUCUUGAAGAGUGGUUAGAACAAUUUUUAGAAUACGAUAAAAUAAAUAUAGUGAUGGGAGAUUUUAAUAUCAACUGGAUGAAUGCAUCUGAGUCUAGACAUCUAAAAAGGAUUACAGAAGGAUUGGGCAUACGACAAAUAGUGAAUCUGCCCACACGAAUAACACGCAGUAGUAGAACAUUGAUUGACCACAUAUAUACAAAUAACUAUUCAGUUUCAACUUGCAUUAAAAACAACUUAAAAAUUUCAGAUCAUGAAACAAUUCAAUGGUCAAUCGAUGAAAAAUAUACCCGUACUAAUCUAUUACGAGUUAAGUGCUGGAAAAAGUACUCUCCAGAAAUUUUGAAUAGGAUGGUGUCUGAAGGAAUUCAGGAAAAUGUUGCUAAUAUCAACGAUAAAUGUAUUAGGUUAACAGCUGUCUUAGAGAAUAGUAUGUCACAGCUUGUGCAAGAGAAAACAAUAAACACAAAUUGUUCAGCUAAAUGGUACACAAUUCAAUUGGCCUAGCAGAAACAUAAACGAGACAAAUACUAUAACAAAUUUCUCCAAACAAACCAGAAUUAUGAUUGGACAAUUUAUAAAACAGCUAGAAAUUUGUAUAGUAGAGCUUUAACUACAACCCGAAGAUCAUACUUUGAACAUAAAAUUAAUCAGAAUAGAAAGAAUAGUAAGGAACUUUGGAAAAUCCUAAAAUCUUUACUGAAUCCAAGAGGAACUAUUAAUAGUCCUUGUAUAAUAUUCAAUGGAUCAAUGGUGUAUGACUCAGAGAAAAUUGCUGAAACUUUCAAUAAAUUCUUUGUCCAGAGCGUAUUGGACAUUCAUCGUAGUAUUGGUCAAACUAAUGAAGCUUACGCAAGUCUUCGAGAAACGGACUAUAUAUUUAACUUUAGAUCUAUCUCCUACGGACAAUUGAAAAACGUGGUCAAAAAUCUAAAUAAUUCAUCAGGAAUCAAUAAUGUCAAUUCAAAAAUCCUGCUAGAUUGUUUUCAUACUGUAGGACAUGAACUACUAAACAUUAUUAAUUAUUCGAUCACGAGAGGAGUGUUUCCAACCUCCUGGAAAGAGUCGCUUGUUGUACCUAUACAAAAAGUAUCGGGAACUGUUCUUGCAAAUGAAUUCAGGCCUAUUAACAAAUUAAAUAUUUUUGAAAAAGUAUUAGAGACAGUUGUUAAAGAACAAUUAGUAGAAUAUAUAAACAGCAAUCAUUUAUUUAUACCUGAACAGUCGGGUUAGUCGGGUUGGUCAUUCUAGCGAAUCGGCUCUUAACCUAGUGCUGGCAAAAUGGAAGGAAGCUUUUGAUGGUAAAAAGACUACAAUUGCUGUAUUCCUCGACCUAAAAAGGGCCUUUGAAACAAUUUCGAGGCCACUAUUAUUAAAAGUGUUAAUGAGUUUUGGCAUUAAAGGACAGAACACAGAGAACUGUAUUUAACAACAAAAUAUCAAGUGCCGUCGAGAACACCCUAGGAGUACCUCAGGGAAGUGUUCUAGGACCAAUACUUUUCUUAAUGUAUAUUAACGAUAUGAAAAGGGUUUUACAGCAUUGCGACAUCAAUUUAUUUGCGGAUGACACAGUCAUCUUCAUUAGUGGUAGUGACCAUUGUGAUAUUGUUAGGAAACUCAAUCAGGAUCUGGACUCACUGGAUGGGUGGCUGAAACAUAAGGAACUCAAAUUGAAUCCUGAGAAAACUAAAGCCUUGGUUGUGUGUCGAAGACUAUUUAGCCUACCCACUCAAUUAGUAAUAAAUAAUGUAUCUGUAGAAAUUGUAUCUAGUAUAAAAUAUUUAGGAGUGAUAGUUGACGAUAAACUCAGAUUUACGGACCAUAUUGAUAACGUUAUAAAGAAGGUGGCCAAAAAGGUUGGAGUUAUUUGCAGACUGAGAAAGGAUGUAAACCGUUGCGGUAAGAUACAAUUAUACUUAUCACUUAUUGGACCUCAUCUAGAUUUUUGUGCCUCGAUUUUGUUUCUGGUGACUGAAACACAGUUCACGCGACUUCAAAGGCUGCAGAAUAAGGCAAUGCGGGCUAUCCUUGAUUGUGGGCGUUAUACCUCUUCUGUUACAAUGCGAAUGGUCUUACAGUGGAUGUCCAUAAAACAGAGAGUGACGUAUCAGACAAUGAUAUUCAUUGAUAAUCUAAUAAAAAGACGUCUACCUACAUAUCUUACGCAAAGAGUUGUGAGAGGAGUAGACAUUCACAAUUACCCCACACGGGGAGCUAAUGCUCCAAGAGUGCCAAACUAUAUGACUGCAGGAGCCAGAAAUUCUUUGUUUCACAGAGGUAUCCAGUAUUACAAUAGAAUGCCACAGGAAAUCAUCAAUGCUGGUUCGUUAUCUGAGUUUAGAAAAUUGUGCUCUGAUUUUGUUAGAACUAAUGUAGUCUAAAUGUAUUGUCAAUUGUCAACUAUAGGUGAUGAUGAUUUUUUUCAUUCUUUUUUUUUUGUCCUUUAAAAUGCGAUGAAAUUUUUUUUUAAACUAAUUUACAUUCUAAAUGCACCAAAGUUUUAAAACUAUAAAUAUACAAAAAAUUAAUAGAAUGAGACUACAUUGAAUUGAGACACGCGCGCGUACAGUAGACUCCGGGUUCGGAGCUUGGUAGAUUGGUGUGGUUCGGGCUAAUAACUCGUCAUACCUCUAUGCUUUGCUCAGCUCCCAAACAUCUACUCGUUUGAAUAUUUGUAGCUUUACCAAAUUAUCGCAAGAUACAUCGAACAUCUCAAUCCUUUGUAGGGGUCAGAGGUGGGUCAUCAUCAUCAUCAUCAACCCGGAAGAGCAAGAUGCGCUUCAGUUGCCAGCAGAGUUUCUGCACUCUAUUAAUGUGAGCGGUUUUCCAGUUCAUUGUCUGCAGUUGAAGAAAAACACACCGGUACUGCUUCUGCGAAAUCUUAACACCGAGCGAGGGCUAUGCAAUGGGACGCGUUUACAGAUCAUCGAUAUGAAACCACAUUGCUUACAUGCACGGAUUUUCACUGGGAAACGGCAGGGAGACGAUGUGUUGUUGCUACGUAUGUUUUGUGAUAGCAACGAUGUAAACCUUCCGUUUCAAAUUCGUCGCAAGCAAUUCCCGGUCCAAGUUUGCUUCGCAAUGACUAUAAACAAGGCGCAAGGCCAAUCCCUACGUCAUCUUGGUUUGUACCUACCCUCAGAUGUGUUCGCACACGGACAGCUUUACGUUGCUGAUAGUGAAUCCCGAUUAUGCUCUUGAGGGUGUCAUAGUGAGAAACAUUGUUUACCACGAGGUGAUUGAUUAAUUAAAAAAGAUUGAUGCAGGUAAAUAAUUAACCAUAGUGCCCGUGGUGUUUAAGGAAAGCCUGUUUUUAAGUCUAACAGGAACAAUACUAAUACUGGCACACUGGUAACAUGUAACAAAAAACUGGCAAAAGAACGAGAAUGAAAAAAUCUUGUUUUCUGCUGUUUUAAACAUCCUGACACCAAAGCGGGAAAGACGGACACUGUGUCAUAGGGAAAGAUGGACACCGAAUUUGUUGAGUUAUUUUACUUCUGAUAUCAAUUGGUGAUGAAUAUAUUUCUUCGAACACCUUAAAUAAGGGUAUUUUAAAGAUAUAAACCAUUACAAAACUAGAAAAAGUAAUAAAUAAGCGAGAAAUGCGAGAAGAAAACACUGGUCAAAAUAGUAGCCAUUCGUUAUGCUAUUACUCGCUCGGCCCUGAUGAGGCACUUCGCGAACGCCAAUAUCUUGCCAAGAGUUGGACAACUUUAAUCAACAAAAAAAUAAAGUACCUGAACGAAUCUACAAAUAGCUGAACAUGUCUAUAUAAUCCUCAAAAACCCUGUAUGGUUGCUCGUUGGAGUCGCUGCUGAUGAAAAAAAAAAACCGUUGAAAAGUAAACACUGGUGUUUGCGUAGUUUUGAUCACAAAUUUGGAUUGAUCAAAAUACAUUAUUUAGACGCAUAAUAAUGAUUUCGACGUAUUACGUUAUUGAAAGUGAUAGCAGUGAUAGCGAAAGAGUGGAAAAUCUUGUCGCGCAGCGACGAUUGCUACGCAGCAUGGCUGAUCCCUUGGAACUUCCGAACCAUGCGUAAGUACAAGAAGUUUAUUGGAAUGGGAUAAGAUAACCCUUACUCUUUUCAUUCUAGUUUUACGAAACAUUUUCGCAUUUCUAAGGAGAUGUUUAAGGAAAUGCUGAAAUUGCUCCCAAGUUUCCUCCAAUAAAAAGAAAAGGCUUAAAUCAUAGGGAAAUAUUAGCGGCAACGUUGCGGUUCUUAGCCGAAGGAAGCUAUCAACAUGGUGCAGGACAGAGCUUCAACGAGGAAAUUGCCCAAAUGGAAUUUUCAGUCUUUUUUGCAAAAACUCUAAAAAUAUUAGAAGACACUUUGUGCCCUAAAUGGAUAAGUGCAGAAAUGAGUAAUGAUGAGCAGCAGGAGGCGCGGAGAUACUUUUUAUCAAGAAGUGGUAUUCCUGGAGUAGUGAUGUGAGUGGGUGGUAUGCACAUAAAAAUAAUUGCACCAACCCAUGAUAGGGAUCAACACUACAACAGAAAGGGCUUCUAACGCUUAAAUGCAUUAAUGGUAUGCGAGAAUUUAAUGCGCAUACGCUGAAAGACUCCAGGUAAUUCUAGUGAAUGAGCUGAUUCCAGGUGAAAAACAUCCCCAAAUUGUUGACCUAUUCUGCAAGGUCCAUCGACAUCGAACAUCGCAGAGCACAAUCAGGUGUAUAGGAGAAUUAAGGCAUAAUGCAAGUUCACCUAACGUCGGUUCAUGACUGCCUCCUACCUCUCGUCUGCAUCCAUCAUCCGACAGAUUGACUAGUUGAUCCAUGAACCAUCGAGCUCACUGUGUUAUGUGACCAAUGCCGGACAACCUACAUCAGCCAGACAACGAUAAAUCAGAGUCAUCUUACAAGCACCUGCUCGGUGGGACAGCAGUUCUUUUUAAAAACAAUCCCCAGCCAAUUUAUACUGCAAGCCUACACCUCGAGAAUAUCCCAUUGACCGUACUGCUCCACAAGCUACAUCCUUCACCUUCCUUCAUACAGAUUAAUUCUUUGCUUCAACACCCUAACCUUGAAUUCAACAACACCUAACCCAUGAUUAAUCUCUAGGAUGCACCGGUCGAACGACGUUUCUUCAGGGAAACUUCAUAUAAAAAAACAUGUGGUUACGCUUUAUACAAAAUUUCGGUAGCGACUAUCGUUGAAAAGGUGUCGUGUAGGAAUAGAACACAUCAACAACGUUUCCUUUAAUUUGAUUAUAGUUGCAUUCUAUUUUCAUGAUACAGAUAAUGAUAAAUUACACCAUUAUGUUUUCGAAAGCAACGAUGUACUAUAAAUGCUUUGUAACUUGUAGACCAGCGAACGGCAACGUGCGGCUCGCAUGCAGCUCUUUAUUUUUGAGAUUGCGGCUCUUAACCGUUCAUAUAUUUAGUGGAACUUUCAACAUUUUUCUUUUGAUCUUUCUGUUUGGUAGGCCGCUCUGCUAUAUGAACUAUGAUCAAUCUGUUGGAUGAAAAAUUGCCAAAUCAUCGUGGGGCACAUUAUAGGCACUCGGGACUGCAUGCGGCCUAUAGUUUGGAAAGUACUGUCACACAGCAAUGGCUAGUUAGGGUGUUUUUGUUGGUUCAUCGUAUUAACAUUCUAUAUCAAGGUUGGUGUUAUUGACGGAAGAUAAAAACUAAAAAUGAUGUGGUCCGAGUGAUUACAUUGUACAACGAAUCUCUACUGUCAAAUUUCUCUAUAUUUUGAACAAAUUGUACUUUUUUAUUUUCUUUUUAACAAUCCAUUUAAUAAUCUCUACACAACUACUACAAUACACAGCACACUACUACAAUACAAUGAAAACUUAAAUUUAGAGGAGUAUGAAAUUUUUAUCACAUUGUCAUUUUUAUUCCUAUAAUAAAGUCCUAUGUAUUAUAUAUAUGCUUAAUCGUUAUUAAUGAGUGCUAUAUGCUACCUCUUACAUUACCAUAAACUUUAAUUAAUAAUUUUUUUCAUCUUUUUGGCAGCUUUUGUAUUUUCUGUCACGAAUUUUCUUUUCUUAUGUUUCAUUUUGUUUAGCUGCUCAGCUGUUGCUUUUAAGUUCAAAUAGCGCAUACGAACAAUUACACGCUGUUUUGCAAAAGAACGAAUUAUCUCAACCGGAAGUUCUGUUAGAUGUCGCUUUAUCUUGUUUGUGAUUCGAUCUACGAUUCGUUCUCCUUUUAAUAAUCCUCCGUCUGGAUUCAUUUUCAAGAAUAUUUUUUCCAUUUUUUUCCCUAAAUUCAAAAAUUCAUCCGACGGUUCAAUCAGUCCACCACAGGACAAAUGGUGUACAAAUGUAGGAGGUUGGCAAUAAUUAUGGUCAAUCCUAGUCUUAAAUGUGUGUUCUCCCAGAUUAAGAUGGGAAAACUGAGAGUGAUGCUUCUUUGCAAGAUAUCCAAGUAUGUAAGACAAUCCAUCAGCUUCUUGGUGAGGUAGUUCAAUGCUUGUAUCACUAACGGAACUAAGUGAACUUACAUCUUGUGAUACAAAAUUGUUUGCGUCUUCCAUUGCCUUGACAUCCGGUAAUUCGGGAGUGAUUUCGGCCUUUUCAAACAUAGAAGCUGAGAUGAAAACGUCAUUACUCCUAGCACCAGCAACAUUGCUCUCAGUUGUUGUAAUGAAUUCAUCUUGCUCACAAUUUGCAGCCUCAACAGUAGUUGUUUGAUUGUGCAAAAUGGUUGGUGUUUUCCCCAAAAUCAUAAGACGAAUUCGAUAAAUGCAACUUAGAGGUGAGGGAUGGUCAUAUACACCACCAAUUUGCCUAAGCUGAGAGAAAAAAUUCUCUAAUACGUCUUGGUUUAACUGUAAAAUGAAAAAAAAAAGAAAAAGAAACACAACAAUUAAUGUAUUAGUUAAAAUGAUUAAUUUUGUAACAAUGAAUUCACCAGCUCUAGCUGAGAUUUUCCUGUAUAGUCAUAUGGUAUUGAAUGUUCAAUGAAUUAAUUGCAAUUGAACUAUCAUGUUGCUUACCUUAUGGGUACAGAUGAAUUUGGCAUCGUGUUUUAACUUCAUAUCUGCAAACACCAUUUGCAGUGACUUAAUCUGCAUCAUUAUAGAACGUUGAAAAAUUUGUAAAUUAUUUUUACCUGGGAUAGUCAUGUUUGAUAUUAUGUCAUACAUAUCUGUUAAAGCACUAACUUGGUCAUCGCUAGCAGUAUAUGCUUUUUUAAAAUCCAAUUUUGCGAAAGGUGUGUAAGAAUUAGAUAUGCUAAACCACACAUCCACCUUCUCUAUAAAAUUAGCCAAAAUUUUAGCAUUAUCAUCGUCCGGAAAAUAUGUACGGAGAGCUACAGCGGUUGUACGAGACAAUAACUCUGCUGCCCUUCGAACAUUUUGUCUUUCUUGGGGAGUCAUGUCUAUAUGGGAUGUUGUGAGUUUAAAUAAAGGAGUCAUUUCUGACUCCAUUCUUUUGGCUACCAUACGCAACAGAUUGGUGGUUUCGAUAAGUUGGCCGUUGUACUCAAAACCAUGAUCUAGAAGCCAAUUCCUUAACAACUUCAGCAAAUGAGGUGUAUCAGGGAUCACAUACUGUUGUGGAUAGACGUGCCGAGCCCUGGAUUCGCCGUAG